AUGGGUUUCUAUGGUGUCAUUCAAGAAAUUUGGGACCUUGACACCAAAAUGGACGAACUUGGAUUUACCCUUGUAGAUUUGAGUAAAAUUGGACAUAGGAAUGACCAAUUUGUUUUGGCUUCUCAAGUCAAACAAGUAUUUUUUGUUGACGACCCGAUGCAUCGUGGUUGGUCGGUAGUGUUAUCAAUGCCUAAUAGAGAAUAUAAUGAUGUUAUUGGUGAUGAUGUCUUAGGUGAUGUGAGAAUUGAGUGUGAGCCAUUUACUAGGGGGAUGCCAAAUGUUGACACAUUUGAUGAAGUGGUGGUUGAGUUAGGGAGUCAAAAUAUUCGAGAUGGGUGUGAAGAUAUAUGGGUUGAAUGA